AUGGCAAGCAAGCAAGCAAUCCAUAAGGCAGAUAUGGCAUUUGCUAGGUGGUGUUUUGAUGCUUGCAUUACUUUUAAUGCUAUGCGGUCACCUUAUUUUCAAUCAAUGUUAGAUGCUAUUGGGAGUAUUGGUGCUGGAUAUAAAGCUCCUUCUUAUAAUGACAUGCGAAUUAAUUUAUUGCGGGAUUGCAAGAAAGAAUGUCAGUUGCUUAUCGAUAGCUACAGAAGCCAUUGGGCUAAUUGUGGAUGCACAAUUAUGGGUGAUGGAUGUACUGAUCAAAGGCAAAGAACUUUUAUUAACUUUUUGGUGUAUUGUCCUACAGGAAUAUCAUUUGUGAAAUCUGUUGAUGCUUCAGAUAUUUUGAAAGAUGCCACCAAUUUAUGCAAUUUAUUCAUGGAGAUUAUUGAGUGGGUUGGACUGGAUAAUGUGGUUCAUUUGGUGACCGAUAAUGUAAGCAAUUAUGUUGCCGCAGGAAGGUUAAUACAUGAAAAAUAUGAUCACAUCUAUUGGUCUCCUUGUGCUGCACAUUGUUUGAAUUUGAUUCUGAAAGAUAUUGGCAAAAGAGAUCAUGUAGCAGAGCUUGUAUCACGUGCUUCCAAGGUGACUAUUUUUGUCUACAAUCAUAUAUACAUAUUAUCUUGGUUGAGACAAAGAUCUGGAUGGAAAGAGAUUGUGCGUGCAGGAGCAACACAUUUUGCUACUACAUUCAUUACUUUGAAAAGUAUCUAUGAUCAUAAACAUGACUUGCAAGCAUUGGUGACAGAUAAGUAUUACACAAGCCAUAAGUUAUCUAAAAGUCCAGCAGGUAAAAAAAUUACUUCUAUUAUCUUGGAUGCCAAAUUUUGGGAAGAAUGUUUAUUUAUGGUGAAGAUUGCAGCUCCCAUCAUUAGGCUUUUACGUGUUGUUGAUGCUGAUGAGAAACCUUCACUUGGUUAUGUUUAUGAAGGCAUGAUCAGGAUUCGGAAAGCAAUCAUGUCCAUCUUCAAAAACAAGUCUACAAUGCAUCAAUACAAAAAGAGAAGUUAUGAUCCGGUUGAUUAUGAUUGCAUUGAUAAAACAGACUUUUGGAUAGUUGAAGAAGAAGAAGAAGCAGAAUUAGUAGAUCAAGAUAUGGUAGAAGCAAUAUAUGGAGAAGAUGCUAUUCCAACUUUGGAUGAAAGCCACAAUCAAGAUGAUGUGGAUAUGAAUGAAGAAGAAGUGGAUUUUGAAUUAUUUGGUCAUGCAAGCUAUGAUGAUGCAUUUGAUCAACAAGAAUACUUGGGGCAAAGAGAUGGCAAUGAGAGUUGGCCACAGCAUCAACCAUGA